AUGGAACGAACUCAGCUCCCUAUGGCCGGGGCUCAGCUUAGGUUAGAAGUCCGUCAGGGUGAGACAUGCCUCUCUGUUCCUGUGCCCUCCCUUACUCCUCUCCGGUUCCUCCAUGCCCGCCACGGGGGUUUGAGUUCACCCCCCAAUACAGGCACCCAAGAAUCAAAGCAGGGGCAACUGGAGCCAGAGAAUAGGUCUGCCAGUGAGGAGGUCUUGCCACGGGAUGGGUCUGGAGAGGAGCCCCCGCACGCAGGUCCUCCGCCGGCCCAGCCCCCGCCGGCCCAGCCCUGGACAGUGGGUAGGGACAUGCUCAACGCCAGGGUCAUUCGAACCCUGCAGGAACGUCGCAGCACCAGGCCUUGGUGACCUCAGCCCCUCACACCUGCAGGCAGUAUUCCGUCUCCAGCGCAGAGGGCCAAAGCACAACCCUCACGGUGGAUUCAUUCACUCAUUCAUUCAACAGGCUUUCUUACCAGCUCCAAACCAUUUGUAUCCUAUUUUUAACCACAGCAAUAAACGUAUUUAUUUUUUACCACAAGGGCUACUGAAAAACUUGACUGUCAUUUCAAUCCCACCCGACCGUCGUUCUGGUGCCCGGCUUAGCGCACCUCCGCUCAGCGUUCCGUGAAAAUGCUACAGGUGCGAGCAGAGCGCCUGGGACGGCAGCUUCCUGCG